CAAUCGGGUACCUCCCUUGCUCGGUAGAGGUACCUACGAGUGCGAAGGAGGGAACAAGGGGGGGAAGCUGCCAACAAUACCGCUGCUGCUUUUUCCUGUUACUGCCAUCUGAGGUGGUAAUACGGGUUUGACCCGAGUGUCACUCGGGAUCCCUUCUUGCUGACGCUUCUCUCUCUUCUUCUCCUACUCCCCCUCCCCCAUGUGCUCCCCUGAUUCGAAAUACCACCCAAACAAAACUCCAAGCCGACGUCGACUGCCAAUAUGAGCCGAGAAGACGCCGGCGACGAUGUGGUCUCCGCGCCCGCCACCGAGCGUACUCCGCUAGUUGGGCCGGACGCCCCCGCAUCGCCUGGCAAGUCCGGCCAUUCGGGGCCGUCUAGGGCCCCGUCCCUCUCCCGCGGCAGCAUUAGCGCCUCGACGCCGUACAGCACGAAGCCCGCCAUCAUCGGCCUCUUCUAUUUCAUAAUCUUCCUCGUUUCCUCCGCCGGCGCCCUCUAUCAGAUUCCCAUCACCAAGAUAUACGAGAAUAUCCUGUGUCGUCAGUACUACGACGAUCUUCGGGACACCACGCCCUUCGACGCCGGAGACUGCAAGAAUGACAUCGUCCAGUCCAGGCUAGCAUACCUUCUUGCCGUCCUCGAGUCCCUCAAUUCCGUCAUUAGCUGCCUCGUGGCCAUGCCUUGGGGUAUCGUGGCCGACCGCGUCGGCCGCAAGCCGGUGUACAUCUCGAGUGCCUCAGGCAUCGCACUCUCUAUCCUGAUGAUGACCGUGCUCGCCUGGUUUUCCGACAUCUUGCCUGCGCGGUCCAUCUGGUUCUCCGCCGUUGCCUACUUGCUCGGGGGUAGUCCGGUCAUGAAUGCUUGUAUAUAUAGCAUUCUCACCGAUCUCGUGCCAGAGUCUAACAGGUCCAUCAGCUUCAUGCGUGUUCACGUCACGAGCCUGGUCGGGAAUCUCAUCUCGCCCGCGCUGUCGUCGGCGAUGAUGUCCUCGACUGGCCCCUGGCCCGUCAUGCUACUUACCCUCGUCCUCUGGGCCGUGUCCACCGCACUCGUCGUCUUCAUACCGGAGACUUUCCGCCGGAGUCCGCACGUUGACGGCACCGAGUCCCAGCCCUUCACCAUCCGAGCGCGCGCACGCGAAAGCAUCGCCCAGGCUCGAGACACCCUGUCUAUCGUACGGUUACCUUCAAUAUCCCUGGUUCUCGCCAUCUGUCUCCUGUCGCUCCCGGUGAUCGUAUGCACCUUUCAAUUUAUGGUGCAAUUCAUCUCGAAACGUUAUCAGAUCCCCUUAGAACAGACCGGCUACGUCCAAUCCAUCUAUGGUGUUGCCCACAUAGUCGUGGUCCUACUGAUAGUUCCGUGCAUCUCUAACCUAAUAGUCCGACCGUCGCUGCCCAGUUGGCUACGCGCACCGAACGAGAACCGCCGGGACUUGGUUCUGGUCCGUUGGUCCUACGCUGCGUACGUAGCAGGCACUUUUAUCCUCAGCAUCUCUCCGUCGCUGCCCGUCUUCGUCGCCGGUCUCGUCGUCAUGUCUCUCGGAUCCGGGUCUGCAAGUUUUAUCAAGAGCAUUGCCGCGCUGCAUGUUGAUCCCGAGCAUAGAUCGAGGUUGUUCACUCUCAUGUCCCUCCUAGAUGUUGUCAGCAAUGUGUGGGCUAUGCCUGCUCUGGCGGCACUUUUCACCCUGGGCAUGCGAUGGGGCGGCGGGUGGAUCGGUUUACCCUACCUCGGCGUCUCGCUCACCUGUGUUGCUAUGUUUGUGUUAUCGCUAUUCGUACGCGUCCCGGAAAUUAAUGGCCGCGAUGAAGAUGGGCCAAAUGUCUUGUAAUACAGAAAGGAGUCGAUAGAAGAUAGAUAUUGACAAGAUGGCCGAAGUUGAACUAGGUAUUUAGAAGGAUUUUUGACACUCCCUCCUUUCCUCCUCCAGCCCUGGCUGGUUGUUUUCUUUCAACACAAUCCCCGAUACUUUUUGAAGACAACACGGAAUUCUACUGCGUCCGUCCCUCGCGUACAAACAUAUAUCCGAACGGAACAAGAGAAAUUCUAGCAUCCUGACCAGUCUGUUUGUUUAUUUUGCCCGCAGCCGACGAGCAUACGGAGAAAUGCACACGGUAACCGCACGGUGGUGGGUGCCCCGGGGCCCGAUGUUGCGGCCACAUGAGGCAUCAAGUUCCGGUAUUCACGAGGUUGGUUGGUUGCCUUGAGAAUUCUCACAACUGUAUUCUUC